AUGCCUAGAUUGCACAGCAAGGAUAUUCACGAUAGACUACAAAUUUUAAUUAGGAAACGACUCUUUUCACAUGCAAUAAAAAUGGCUAAGUUGGAGUCUAGACCAAGCGGUGAGAUUGAGGAGAUACACCGUAUCCAUGCAGACUGGCUUUAUGAACGUGGUAAAUACAAGGAGGCUGUUGAAGCAUACUGUUCUGCUGGUUCGUCGGUUGAACCGGCACAUAGACAUUUGGAAGCAGUCACAGAGAGAAUUAGAGAAGCACUUAAGGAAUGUAGAGCUUCUAGAGGGUUUGAGUUUGCAAAGCACGUUGCUUUAGCUCUCAAGGAUGAGGAAGAGUAUAUAUCUAUUUUAAUCGAGGACUUUUCUGAUUAUGAAAAGGCCAUGGAAGCCCUAAAGGGCGCAAACGAUGAAGUUUGUUGUAAUAUAAUAUUAAGACACGGAAGACAGCUCAUGAAGUAUGAUGAAAGUGCAUUGGAGGCUCUAAUCAGUCGCAUAAAUACUUCAAUGUCAGAGUACAAUAUGAAUGUUUAUGAUGUAUUUUUACCGGUAUUUACCAUGGACACUGCCUUUCUUUCAAAAAUGGUUGGAUUUGAUGGAAAGGGACUUUCACUAUACACCUUUGCAACGAGGUUACAGAUUCUAUUGGAGGGUCUUCAACAGGCAGAUUCAUCCGAAGUUAAGAGCGCAAGAUCAUAUGAAGGAGCUACAGAUGGGAGAUUCCCCGAAAAAAGUGCGCGUUCGCACACACUCUCACAUGCAGAUAGUACAGUGUAUGGUCACGGAGAGGGAAUGAUGAGUAUGGAAACAAUCGUAAAUACAACUCGGACGGAACAAGAUACUUCUAGAUCAGAUCAACCAGAAGCGUCUAAUGCCUUAUCAGUAGACAUUAUGCAAGAUAAGAUAUGGAGACUCUUAAACAGCAGCACACAGACAUUGUAA